AGUUUGGACCAGUCCGCUUUGGUGUGAGGAACACUUGAAAGCCGUAAAAAGUUUGUAUAAUUUUUCCAAUAUCAUUAUUAUUCCUAGUUAUUUUAAAAAUAGACUUUAAUAUUUAUAUUAGAUUGCAGUAAUAGUUUUAACAAAGAACCAAAGGGCGUCAUUUUUUUUAUUCAAUAAAGAUUAAGGCCUAGUAAUAGAAAAUGGAAAUAAAUUACUUUUAUCAAAUUGUUAGACACAUAUGAACAGGUAAGAGAUUCACUUGUAAUUUAUUGCAGUUUUCCAGGAAAAAAACGGGUUUUAUUUAAGAAAUAAAAGUGAGAGAUAGAGAUAGAGAGAGAGAGAGAGAGAGAGAGAAUCGUAUAGGCUGAGAUUAGAACUGAUUCUAUUUAUAGCCGUCCCUCAUCAGCUUUGUAAAUGUACGUUUUUUUUCUCGCUCGUGCGCCCGAAAAAAGAAUUAGGAGCCGGUUAAUUUUAUUUUCGUAAUCGGAAACUAAAGUUAAUUAUUUUUUUUUUAAAAAACAAAAAAUAACAAAAAUCAGCAGUUUAUUGGUGAAUGGACGCAAAAGCAGAAAGCAAAAAGACUGAGAAGAAAAAAGCAGUAGUAGACGACGUAAAAGAGAAAUACGAGUCGGGAGAAGAGAAGAAGAGAGAGAAGAUAAUGAGAGAACCGAAAAAGCUAGAUAACAAUUGGGAAGAGAAAAAUGCCGAACCGUCAUCUCCUCUUAAAGAUAUGAAUUUACCAGAUGCCGAAUUGGUUUUAUUGGAGGCCGCUAGUAAGCAUAAAGAUAAAACUAUCUAUCAGAAUGGAAAAUCUGCGAAUAAAACUGCUCAGGAACCGGUGAAUAGACGUGUAGUUGAAAAGGUGGCUCCACCAGCAAUUGCCCAAAACGUACGUAAGAUGUUUGAAACGGGAGAGAUACCUGACGUUCACGAAGUUCGUAAGACAAAGAUUGACCUCAGAGCUAAAGACGGUGGUGUUUUUGAAAACGAACCUUGCGUCCGAAAUGACGUAAUUAGGGGUAACGAUACCAGUAUGGAUGAACUUAAAUCGUUAGAAAAAGGUACAGCCAAGACGUUAAAGAAUAAAUGGAUGAACAUUUCCACCGAAGAGAAAGAGUCCAAAGAAAAGAAGAAAAAGGAUCCAAUAAAGUUAUUCAAUGAAUCUGAGUGUACUCCUAUCGUGGCUGAGAAUCAACCAGUCGUCAGAGAUGAUGUGACUAAAUCGGAUUACGUGCCAGAUAAUCUGGAUUUCGAGAGAGGCAAAAUAAAGAACCUCGGAAAUUAUUUUAAAGAAGCAGCUCAAGAACAAAAUACAACUAAAACUGCUGUCAAAAAUGGUCCGAUUAGAAUAGAAAAGUCUCAUGAGCCAACCGUUCAUGAAAAUCAACCGGUUAAACGAGAGGAUGUCUUCAGGGAAGACUAUUCGCAAGAUGAUAGAGAAGUUCUCGAGAAAGGUAAAGCUAAGACCUUAGCAAAAACCUUUUUAGAGAGUCAGAAAGACAAUAAAGGAGAAAGAAAACAACCUAUUGUUAUCGAUAAAGCGGCGGGUCCAACUGUUUUGGAAAAUCAACCCGAGUUUCGGGAUGAUGUUGUCCGCGAGGACUGUAGCGAUUUAGAGGAAUUAAGGAAAAUCUCCAGUGAGAAGGGCAAGAUAAAGAAUAUGGCGUCGAGUUUCAUUUCGAGGAAGGAUCAAGAAAAACCGCAGCUUACAAGACCUACCCCACGCUUGAGAGAUCAUUGGCUUGAAAGUGACGGACAACAAACGACGGAUGGACCUCCAACACAGUUGGUGCGCUUUACGCCUCCACGUGAGUUGACUCCCCCGCCCUUGAGAAACGAAGCAGUUCUACAGUCGUACGGACAAAUAACGCUCUCAUCUAAAGCGUCUUCGCCACCAGUUGCAGACGUCGCUCCAACGAUAACUUCUUCCAAUCAUCUAUCGAUGAACAACGUUUAG